UGCUAGUGCCGUUUUUUCCCACCUCAGCGUGACAUCAGCUUGACCAGUCAAUCAAACCCAAAAAUCCCUGAAGAGAUAUCGGAAAAAAAAGUUUAAGCCAAACAAACUCAUCGGGAACCGAUACCCGUGGCAGAUCGCCAACGCUUCAUGCCUUGUCAAGGCACAACCAUCCCCAUCUCUCCCCAUCUCUCGUGGCCUUAGGCUACGGCUUCAAACCAUCACCAUGACCGACACACCAAAAUUGGCCGAAGACACAGAUCUCGAUCGCACCCUCUCGCGCUCCGAAUCCAUUCGUUCCGCCGUCCAAACCUUCUCGCCUCUUCAUGAGAUCGUCUUCGUCUUCGUCGUCUGCAUGUCGCAGUUCAUGACCCAGGCCGCCCUGGGAAACACCCUUGCCCCACUCGAGAUCAUCAGCGACAGCUUCAAUAUCACCAAUCCAGGCCUCUCCAGCUGGCUGAUCGCAGGAUACUCUCUGACUGUCGGAACUUUCAUUCUCUUCUUCGGCCGCUGCGGCGAUAUUUUCGGAUACCGUCUUCUCUAUAUCAUCGGCUGGGUCUGGUUCGCCAUCUGGUCCUUGGUUGCGGGCUUGAGCGUAUACUCAAAUUACAUCCUGUUCGUCUUUGCGCGUACCCUGCAGGGUUUGGGUCCUGCGAUGCUGCUUCCUAAUGGCUUGGCGCUGCUGGGUGCCACCUAUCAACCCGGAAAGAAGAAGUACAUGGUCUUUUCGCUGUUCGGGGCCACCGCACCGAACGGGGCCGUGAUCGGGGCCGUUAUUUCCUCGCUUUUCUCGCAACUCGCCUGGUGGCCGUGGACGUUCUGGGCCAUGGCGAUCUAUUGUGCCGUAUUGGCGGUAGUGUCGGCCCUUGCUAUCCCGUAUUCGCCGUCGGUUGCGCAAGGCAUGUCGCUGAAGCAGCUGGUGUUCGAGCUGGAUGUCAUCGGGGCAACCUUGGGAAUUACAGGCCUGGUUUUGAUCAAUAUUGCGUGGAACCAGGGGCCCGUGGUGGGAUGGCAGGAGGUGUAUGUGUACGUCCUGUUGAUCAUCGGGAUAUUGAUUCUGGCCAUGUUCUUCGUCUGGGAAAUCAAGUACGCGUCCGAGCCGCUCAUCCCAUUUCACGCGCUGGAUCUCGAUGUCUCCUUCAUUCUGGGCUGCGUUGCGUGUGGCUGGGCCAGCUUCGGAAUCUGGGUUUAUUACUUUUGGCGGUUCCUGGAGAAUAUCCGGGGUGUGACGCCAUUGCUAGCAUCGGCGCAAUUUGUCCCACCCACCUUGUCGGGACUAACGGCGUCCUUCACGACGGGGCUCCUCAUGGCCAAAUUGCGGCCAGGCUGGAUCAUGUUGAUCGCCAUGGUGGCCUUCACCCUUGGCAAUCUCUUCUCAGCCAUUGCCCCAGUCCAUCAGACGUACUGGGCGCUGUCUUUCGUGACGCUGGUCGUCACCCCGUGGGGAAUGGACAUGUCAUUCCCUGCCGCCACAGUGGUCUUGUCAAACGCGGUUGGGCGUCGCCACCAGGGUGUUGCUGCAUCCUUGGUCACGACGGUUGUGAACUACAGUAUCUCCCUGGGACUCGGGUUCGCGGGAACGGUCGAGGUGCAUGUGAACAACGGUGGCAAAACUUUCCAUGAUACGCUCAAAGGUUAUCGUGGGGCUUUGUAUAUGGGCGUCGGACUUGGCGGGCUGGGAAUCGUAAUCAGUCUGCUCUACCUCAUCAAGAGUAGAACAAAGCCGGGCCAGGAAGAGGUUGAAGUUGAAAAGGCCACCGAAUGAUUUCGAUGGCUGAAUGUGAAAGUGCGCAUAAAAUAGGCAUAUAGAAUUAGACGGCACAUUAGACUUAGCCACAGAGCCGCCGAAAUAAUGGCAAGAUCGAAGAUACUUAAUAGACGUUGUACCGGCAGUCUGACCACCAUUCCGAAUAAUUUUUCUGUACUAAUCGCAUCAGAAAGAUUCGCAGGUGUAUACCGUGGCACACAACGUUGCUACGUCGCAUCGCUCACGAUAAAGCGCCUCGACCCCGGCAUCCGUACG